AUGUCGCGCUUCAGCUACAAUUCUCGCACCGGCGCUCUACCCAUGCUGCUUGCAGUUCUGGUUCCCGAGACCCUUCUCAAGAAGCGCAAGUCUCAGGAGAAGGCUCGCGCCGAGCGCAACGCCGCUACCGAGAAGCGCAAGGCUGCCAACAAGGAGAAGCGCAAUGUCAUCUUCAAGCGCGCCGAGAAGUACAUCGCGGAGUACCGUGAUGCCGAGCGCGAGAAGAUUCGUCUCUCCCGUGUCGCCAGGGAGAACGACUCCGCCUACGUUCCCGCCGAGGCCAAGCUGAUCUUCCUUAUCCGCAUCAAGGGUAUCAACAAGAUCGCUCCCAAGCCCCGCAAGAUCCUCCAGCUCCUCCGUCUCCUCCAGAUCAACAACGGAGUCUUCAUCAAGGUCACCAAGGCCACCACCGAGAUGAUCAAGAUCAUCGAGCCGUGGGUCGCCUACGGUUACCCCAACCUCAAGUCCGUCAAGGAGCUUAUCUACAAGCGCGGUUACGGAAAGGUCAACAAGCAGCGUGUCGCUCUCACCGACAACGCCAUCAUCGAGGAGAGCCUCGGCAAGUACGGCAUUGUCUGCAUGGAAGACCUGAUCCACGAGAUCUACACCGUCGGCCCCAACUUCAAGCAGGCCUCCAACUUCCUCUGGCCCUUCAAGCUCUCCAACCCCACUGGUGGCUUCCGUCCCCGCAAGUUCAAGCACUUCAUUGAGGGCGGUGACCUCGGCAACCGCGAGGAGAAGAUCAACGCUCUUAUCCGCCAGAUGAACUAA